GCCCAACGCUCCAAACCUGAGAGGCCGGCAGAGCUAUUCCUUGCAGCUGUGGCUACACCCGCCGCCCUGUCCCCGGCCCCCAGUUCAUUAACACUGCACAAGAACCUCACAAAACUUCAGGAGUGCCUAAAAGGAAAGAAAUCCCUUUUAAGGAAGCGUUUCUUGACAGCCAAGUGCUGCUAUUCUACAUGCCCAUUCCAUUCCCUUGUAGAAACAACAACAGUUGGUUGCAUGCAUGUUUCUUUCCUCUGUUCCUAGUGUCUGCACCAGUUGUUUGCCAAAAAUAAACACCAUUCCACAACCAUAUAUGUACAACAGGCUCCUGGUGCUCCGGAACCCCCUCCAGCAGUGCCGUUUGCUCCAGGAGGCCAGCGACGAUCUUCUUUCUAACUCACUAUGCAUAUAACCCAGCUGAAUCGGGAAUGCCUUUUACAUCUGUUUUCUUUUCUGGACAAAAAUAGUAGGAAAAGUUUAGCAGAAACAUGUCAGCAGUUGCUAGAAGUGUUUCAGGAUCCUUCACUGUGGUGUUUGUUGAACUUUCAUUCUCCAGCGGAACUAAAGAAGAACAAUUUUCUCCUGGGACCUGCUUUAAAGUACUUAUCCAUCUGCUGGUACUCGGAGAGAGUCAAGGUGUGUAACAUUGAGGACUGGAUGAAAAACCAUUUCCAGAAAGACUUCUGUAACAGGCAUGAAAACACUGUCAGUGACUUUUUACUAGAAGUUUGCAACAGAUGUCCAAACCUGCUGUCUCUGACGCUGUCAGGAUGUGGCCACAUUACAGAUGAUUGCAUCUUGCUUCUCCUCAAGAACUGCCCAAACCUCAGGACACUCAAACUGGAGAACUGCGUGCGGAUCACUGACCGGACACUGGAAGCCGUGACCCUGUAUGGGGGAUCGCUGCAAACGCUCCACGUGGAUUUCUGCCGGAACAUAACACGGACCGGUCUGGAGAGAGUCAGGGAAAAACGUCCUUCGGUAACGCUGAGAGCGGAGAGAAGUGCUGACAUGAUUCCAGACAAUAAGCCAGAAAAAAAGUUGAUGCUUGAAAAGGCAUCACGAAAAUGGGUUCAGCUUUAAGUGCAACAAAUUGCAUAAACUGGGUCAAUGUGGGUGUUUUACCUCAGUUCCACUCUCCUCUCAGGCAGUGUAGCUUCAAUGAACCGUGGCUGCUUUCCUGCAUUUACAAAUGGUUGUAAAGGCUGCGGCAUCUCCACUGGGGCAGUCUUGAGGAAAAACCUGUUUGCAUUCUGUUCUUUGAAACUGGAAAACCCUGCAUUGCUGCCGCGAAUGCCAGACCUGAUUAAGACUGAAAACUUCAACUUUGAAGCCCUCAUGUCGCAGAUAAGCGGAAUGCACCUCACUCAGAAGAGAGGCAGCAAUAUGUUGUAUUGCGGUAAAAAUGGUAAUUUGACAGAGUUCAAUAAAUUCGAUAGAAUUUAAUAAAUUUUAACAGUGCUUUGACAAGGUUUAGUAAGCGUGAUGGCAAGGUUCCCCUUAUUGAUUACUGCAUGGAAGAAGCAUACAAAGGCGAAUGGAGUUAGAAUUGAGUUUGAACAAUUCACACCGAGUCAGGAGAUGCAAAGAGAACCCUCCUGUUGAGUCGUGAGGUUGGGACCAGGCCCACUCGCUUUCUACGCUCCUUAUGUAACGGGAAAGGGCAUAAAACCACAGCAGAUAGAGUCACUGUAUGAGUUACAUCAAUUUCAGAGAGAGAGUUAUUAACAAAUAUCUGUGAAAGGGUAUAUCCAUAUGGUCAUUCCCUCUGCUGAGGCCAAUAAGCACACCACCUAAGAUGUUUCUAGCAAAAGCAGAGCACCUGACAACCGACACUUGCUCAGCGAUUAACAUUUGUAGCCCAUUUGUUAGGCUUAUUUAUUAAAUGAGGGAUGCACGGCAGUGUGUGCAAAAUACAGUUUUACCCUCUGCAUGAUGUACUUUGACAAGAUAUGCAAAGAUUUUUUGAAGUUGGCAUUAAAGGAAGCACAAUAUGAACAAAUGCUAGUUUACAUAACUAACCUACAGGAAAAGACAGUGACUUACAACCUAUAGCUUUAAAUGUUAAAUUAGGAACACACUACAGUCCAGACCUACAGAAACACCCCAUUUCUCACUGCAAAAGACAAACCAAAUAGCUAUUUUCAUCCCAAACCACAAGGCUGUGACUUUCCUGCAUGCUGCUCUGCUACACAGAAGUGAAACAACUUCUUUUGUUUUUUAAUAAAGGGUUGCCGUGGCAUCGUCUACAAAAUUUGACACAAAAGGCCGGCACAGUUUAAUUCUGCCAUAUAAAAUUUGCCUUGAUAGAACACACUGGGAUUUGAUUGUGGUGUCGAGUACUCAUGACCGGCAACACCACGUUCCAAGGCUCUUCGCACACUGGUGGAUUUCUGCCUGAGGAAAGGUGAACGUUUCUGAGCGCCACCUCACCCAGUCAACCGUACUGCAGAAGUUGUCCUUCUUCAGUCUGCCUCAGUAUAACAACACAGAAAAAACAUUGCGAGGUUCAAACCCCACACUUUAUUUUAAUAGUCUAUGUUCCUAGAGUUUAUUCUUUCCUCUGCGAGAACUGAUGAGCUGGCUAUGAACUCCCAAAAACAUUCCUUAUGUGUCACAUCAAAAAUGGAAAGAGGACUUCACAGCUCUCAACAGAAGUGAAUAUACUUACUCCUCCUUUCCAUUCUGCUUAAUUGAUCCACAGAUAUCUUUUGGUACUCUCUGAUUUGUCUGAGCUAAGAAAUAAAUCACAGCAUUACAGAAACUUAGUCAAACACAGCUGAAAUUCUAGAGAAACGCUCAGUUGGUCUGAGCAUCUGUAAGAAACGCUCACCCAGAAGACAAAUAAAAUAAUUUCAUUAUUGUUUCUUCACAACUUAAAGAUAUUUAAUGUCAUGAGACUGUAAUGUUCUGGUCUUUCAUGAAAUUAUUUCUAAAAUCUAAGACCCUUAUGCACUACACAGUAAGGAAUGAAACUGGAAGCGCAGACGGGAAGGACAGACAUUAACCUCUUCUUCAGUUCCAAGCCUUUUGAGUUCUGUUAAAAGUUCUCUUAUCGUUGCUGAAGCAUUUUUUACUCUUCGCAGACCCCGACUCUGACGAACCAGGGAGAGGAAGGCUUGUUAGCCAUCAUUUUAUGAAAAUAUGAAAAAAAAGGUGUCGUAAACCAACGUGUCUACUUGGAAGCCGCAUCAGGUUAUCACACACAGGGCAAUCAAGACCCAUUUUUAUUCUUAACAGUCCUGAAUUCAUGUCGCUUUUCCUCCCCUUUAUUUCAAUGCGAUUAAACAGAUGUGAACCCCAAGACUGAAGAUCAGCAUAUAAGAUGCACAAAAAUAACAGAAUUUUAAUUCAUAAAAUAUUUUUGAUUGAGUGGAUACAUUUGGGUUGAUGCUUUCUAUCAAUUUGAGGAUAUAAGUGCUGGACGGCAAAAUAUUUACAGUUUUCCAAUGCAGGAAACGUCUUUAGACAAUCUGAAGAAGGUGAAGCUCUAAAUAUAAAAUAUACAGCUACAUUAGAGGGUUCGGAAUACUUUAAUCCUACAAAUCUUGGGACAUACACAUCCCACCAGCAUAACUCAUGCGCCCUCUCCUGGCAGUUUUCCUUUCCAAAAAACCCACAGAAGGUCUUGGUAGCAGCAGAUCAUGUUCACUGGGGUUUUUUUGCACCUCUUCUCACAUCUUUCUGUGUGUACUAUGCAAACACAAACCAGCUAUUUUUCCCAACAAUAUUAAGUCGGCGAUGUCCCUGAAGCAACCGAUCUACUGUGUAUGUUUACAUUUGCUGUAUCGCAUCUGCACAGUGAGCGUGAGGGUUUCAUGAGGGAACUUACUGCACACACAGAGCGCACAGCACCUGGCUGUCAGCAGACACAACAGCUGCAACACGAAGCAACAGAUUUGUUUUACUACGUGUGUACAAAAUGACCACCCUGUGUAUGCUCGUUAAGCCCCAGAACCACCGAGGUUAACGUGUGCAUGUUGUCCUGUGUGCGCACACUACACCCCUUGCUUUCGAAGUGCCAAAUCUCUUGCAGAUACGAGAAAGGAAGGGGCAAAGACACAUAUCUGCAUAAUGUUAAUUAAAAGGAGGAAACAGACGUACACAAUUUAAAAAAGCAUCACUGGUGCUCUACAAUACAGCUAAAAAGCCUCAUAAUCCUGAUGUCACGGGAGAAUUUCCUUGAUUAAAAAUAACCCACUUGCAGAUUGUAAACAGCAAUUAAAAAUCCUGUCAGAUAAACCC